AAAUCGACUGCGACAAGCGUCGUGUAUCUAUUCGCAUUGCAGCAGCCAUAAGGGUUACUACGAGAACACGCUCAUUGCUACCGCUGCUGAAAAUCGUACAGGAUUUGUCCGGAAUCCUUGUGUCAACCCACCAACUGUCAACAUACGACGAUCCUUUGGAUAACCUAUCCACGUCCACUGUACGCAGUUCCAAACUCCGUUUCCUUGACAACGAAUUUGAGGAUUCAUACGACACAGACGCCUUCAUGUCAAGUAAAAAGCAUCGCCUUGAUGGUCUCCAUCCCAAGAAGCGAAGAGGAAACUUGCCAAAAGAAGCUGUGAACGUCUUGAAAAACUGGCUGUAUGAACAUAGGUUGAACGCGUAUCCUAGCGACCAGGACAAGCUGCUCCUGUCUCGCUCGGCCAACCUGUCUAUUCUACAGGUGUGCAACUGGUUCAUUAACGCAAGACGCCGAAUAUUACCGGAGAUGAUCCGACGUGAUGGCAGAGACCCAACAGAAUACACAAUCAGUAGAAAAAACAACACUGUCAAAUCGCAUGUGAAAAGAGAUAAAGAAAGAGUCAAAUGUAGCGUCAAAAAAGAGAAGUCUUACUCUGAAAACUAUGAUGCAAAACACAAUAAAGCUCCAGACACUCCUCCUUAUAACCCUACAGAUUCCUGUGCCUACGCACCGCCGCCUUAUUUCCCGAUGUCGUAUCCUGCUUCGGAAUCAGAGACCGAAUGUGCCAAGCAUCUUGCGGCGAUCAGCAACGGCCAGUAUCACCCGUAUUACAGCGAUAGAGUCAACCCAAUAUCAUACAACAGUACGUGUUACCAGACCGCUGUGAAUAUGACAGCCCAAGCAAGUUGUAACGACUAUGUUGACAAUAGUACCCCGACAAACACUGCUCCCAGGCAAACAACUUUGGACUUUGAUCACCGCACUGGUUUCCCUGAUAACACAUCGAACUGUGAUCGCUCAUCAACCUCGACGCCUCCUCCCCCCGCUGUGACUACGUCACAGACCCCUCCCCCUACGCCUCCAGCCCGUGAAGAAGAUGUUUUCUCACGGUUCAAGAUACUCGUGGAUGUUGCAAUCAGUCAAAUGAAGGAACUUGAACAGGAAGAACAACUAGUGAAACAACAACAACAGCAACAACAACAACAUUUAGUGACAGGAAGAGCGUGACAGUUUUCACCUCACUAGUCAGUACCUUCCAUGCUCGUAUUGAAUUAUGGUGAUUUUUUUAUAUUUUGUGUACACAUUUAAUAAACGUACACACAGAGUAUUUAUCGACAUUUUUAUUUCUUUUUACUUUUUUGCAAUAUCGCUAACUGGCGAGAAACAUAGCCCUAUAUUUUACACAUAUUGUUUUUAAUAUGCUUGUCAACUAGGAAUUUAUAUAUAGCGUGCGUAGUGACUGGAGUAAGCACUAAUACUCCCUAUUGUAGAUUUAUACAUUUCAUAUUUUUUAUAGUGCUUUUAAAAAAUAUUGCCUGUGUAGUUUUAUAGUUGUAAUAUUGUUCAGUUUUGAUAAAUUUGCCAUGUGGUGUUUUCAUUAAGCCUGGGCAAUACCUCCCCCACCGUAUGGCUGCAUAUUCCCAAAAUGAAUUUAUAUAUAAUAUGUGCCGAGUUUAAUUUUUUAAACUUCAUCACCUUUUGAAAUAUAUUUUUCAAUUUUAUUUUCUUGAAUAAUUUUUCGUGUUUUAACACGA